AUGGAUCUUAUGGGUGUGACGACACUAGCCCUGGCCUCGGUCCUGGUAACGCAAUUCAACGCCUUCGCGGAGUCCCCCUAUCUCCAGUUGAUUUACAUGGGCAUGUCCGUAGUCCUGGGCACUGCAGCAGUGGCCUCAUGCUGGCUCCCGAUUAUGCGAGCGACGGGAAGCUCCUGGCUUCGAAUUGCCGUGUGGAUCGGACUCGUUGCCGAGGGCGUUGCCAUACCUGUGGUACAUUUACUAUGGACAAGAGGACUGCAGGCAACUUUGAACCUGUACGGACCAAUGAUGACCCCGUAUGGACCGAUAGUGGUGGGCGCCAUUCUCUAUGCUUCUCAAUUUCCAGAAUGUGUUUGGCCUGGUCGUUUCGACUACUUUGGUGGUAGCCAUAAUAUCCUUCAUGUUUUUGCUGUGUGGUCAAUCUGGCUGGGUAUUGGUACCAUACGAACAAGCAUUGAAGCCUCGAUUGUGUAG